AUGAAGCUUGUGCGAUCGCUCUGUGCUCUCAUCGUGUUGUUCUCCUUGCUCCUCCUGCUCGCCGCCUCCACGUCCGAAGCCUCGGUUUUGGACGACACCUGCAGGUCCUUCACGGCUAGCCACGCGGACAUCGGCUACGACUACUGCAUCAGGUUCUUCCAGUCCGACAAGGGCAGCGCCACCGCGGACAGGUACGGCCUCGCGGCCAUCGCCGUGAAGAUCAGCAGGGCGUCGGCCAGGCGCACCGCCGGGCGCAUCGCCGCGCUGCGGGGCACGGAGCGCGACAAGCGGAGGAAGGGGUGCCUCGCCUCGUGCGCCGAGGUGUACGGCUCCGCCGUGGACGGCCUCGACGAGGCGGCCAGGGGCAUCGCGUCGCGCGACGCCGCCGGCCUGCGGGACGCGGUGAUGAUGCUCAGCGCCGCGCGGGACGCCCCCGACACGUGCGAGCAAGGGUUCGGCGAGCUGCGGGAGGCCUCGCCGCUGAUCGCCGAGGACGAGGAGUUCAGCAAGGAGUCGGCCAUCGCCCUCGCUGUAACGUCGGCCUUGUCGCCGCCGGGCAUGAUAUGA